AGGAUGAGGACACAGUUUUGAAUCAACGGCGACCAAAACUAAAAAACUCCACCUCGAUCAGAAACGCUGAAGAAACGCUGAACCAUCUGCCUGGUUGAAUUUUUUCCUCCCUCAUUUAAGAACUGAAUCGGAUUCAUCCAUAUUCGGUCGAAAUGCAGCAGCCUGAAUCCCAGCAGACAACUCAGCAAGCAGCGACAGAAAUACUGGAUCCAGCAGAUCAGUACCUGCGUCGGAGGAAAACGGCUCUGUGGGUGACCGUGUCUCUGCUGGCUCUGGCUCUGGUGGUGCUGGCAGUGGGUCUCAUCUCUGCCACUCGCACCGACAAUGUGCCUGUCGCUGGAUAUUACCCCGGCAUCACUAUGAGUUUCGGAGCGUUUCUGGGCAUUGUUGGCAUAUACCUGGUGGAGAACCGCAGACCCAUGCUCAUGGCAGCCAUCAUCUUCAUCAGUAUCGGAGUCAUCGCGUCUUUCUUCUGUGCCAUUGUGGAUGGGAUCAUCGCUUCAGAGUUCAUUGACACAAGACCCCUGCAGGAAGACAUGUGUGACUUCUACGCCAGUGGAGCAGGCUACGCCUACGACAGCUACUACACAGAGGUGACGUGUCGUUCAUUCGACAAAGCGUGCAAGCUGAAACUGAGGAGCAACACCUGCUACUGCUGCUACCUGUACAACUGUGAGAGCACAGAGUACCACACUCAGUACUAUGAGUUCACUGGUGUCAGCAGCUGCUGGGAUGCGAUCCACCUGUACCGUCUGCUGUGGGCCUCAGUGGUGCUCAACGUCAUCGGCUUGUUCCUGGGCAUCAUCACUGCCGCCAUCCUCGGAGCGUACAAGGACAUGAAGCCGACUCCUCCGACGGUUCCCAGCCCGGCGCCGCCGCCCCAUAUCCUGUACAACCCGACCCAGCACAUGCUCACCUAUGCUGGCUUCUGUCCCUCAGGACAGACUCUGCCUGCCUACCCCAACUAUCCAAUACCCAUGCAGCAUAACAGCAACUACCAGGCACCUGCUACGCCCCAGCUGAUCCCCGAGGGAGGCCCUUCCUCCACCUCUUGCCUGUCUGAGGAGAACCAGCAGCCGUCUCAGGCUCCCACCCAGCCACAGCCUCAGGGGGCCACCCAGGAACCAGGAAGCUACAUGCUGACUCCCAACGCUCCUGCCCUCUACGGAUCCUCCUACAGCCCCUUUGAGAAACCUCCCCCUUAUGCCUGCUGAGCCCUCAUACAAACAUAUGGGGGCACGAUGGAGAAAGAACAUAUUGAUCUGGUCAGACUUAAUGUAGCACAAGACAUUUCAUAUGUAAUCUUGUGGACGGAAAACACUAAAGUGAGAUUCACAAUUGCUGAUUUAAAUGCUGUGUUUCAUGUGUCUGAUGGAUUUGAACUGGAGCAAAACACAGUUUUAUUGCUCUGUAGUGUGAUUAUAUAGACAUGAUUAAGUUAUUUCAUGUGUAUUUUGUAAAGGAAACAUGCUUAGUUGCCUCCAUGCCCAAAGUUAAAUGAGAAGAUUGAGAACAGUCAUCUUAGGUAAAUAUGAAGUUACAUAAGAAUGCAAGUAAGCAUAUUUCCCAAAAUAUUCAGAUGCAUACAUAUUAUAUAUAAAUACGUUUAUAAGUUUGACAGCUCUUUCUGUUAUGACUGGGUUACAGGUGUACUGUGUAUUGUCUCACUAUACUAACUACUGUACAAGAAAAAGGGCUUUCUUGAAAUGUGAACUGGAGAGUAAAUGAUGCUGGUGUUGCUGUUGCUUA